AUGCUUCGUUUGACACGUGCUAACGGGGCUAGCAUGUCAGGAUUGUCUAGAUACUCAGGACGGGGAAUUAGAUUCAUGCACAAAAAAGACGACGGGAAAUCGCACGAUGCGUCUGCGCAGCCGGAUGCGACUUCUACGACGUUGACGGACACUUACGAGUACAACAAGCUUACGAACAGCGCGAAAACCCCAGAGGGGUUCAAGGCGACUUGGUUGAACGCGCUAGCAGAGCGCCAGAAGCAGUUGAAACAGGGUAAAAUUAUGGACUCGUAUGUCUACAAUAGCGUGAAAACGACGGAAGUUGGUGAAAAGACACGGGCUGACUCUUUCUGCUACUUGACGUUGCCGUUCAGAAAGGACCCUAUGGUGGCUGAUUUUUACGUUAACGCAGCGGGCAGAAUGAGAAUGGGUCAAAUUUUCCAAGAUUUGGACGCUCUUGCAGGCCGUAUUGCGUACCGGCACACCUCUCCUGCUGAACCAGUGAUUGUGACUGCGUCGGUGGAUCGUAUUUAUCUUUUGAAGAAUAUUGAUUUCAUUGCCGACUAUAACGUUGUUUUGUCCGGUUCGGUCGUGUGGACCGGUCGUUCUUCGAUGGAAAUUUCUAUUAAGGCCUUCGCCAUUCGCGGCGACAUUCCUGAUGAAAUCAAAGAAGGCACACUUUCGGAUGCUGACACUUUUUUAACCGCUUCGUUCACUUUCGUGGCAAGAAACCCGGAAACGCACAAAUCGUUAGCUGUCAACAAGCUCUUGCCGCUAAACGAAGUCGAAUGGAUGGAUUUCAGACGCGCAGAGUCUCACAACGCUGCGAAAAAGCUGCGCGCCGCCAGCGAAAGUUUGGACACCAACCCUCCUACGGAGGAAGAGUCUCAAAUUAUUCAUAAGAUGUGGGUAGCCUCGAAGGAAUUGACCUCUUUGGGACUUAAACCUAAGAACGUGAUGCUCAUGAAAAAUACUAAUCUCAAGUCUACCAUGUUUAUGCAACCUCAGUACAGGAACAGGCAUUCUUACAUGAUAUUCGGUGGGUAUCUCAUGAGACAAACCUUUGAGCUUGCCUACUGUGCCGCGGCUUCGUUCUCGCAUGCUUUCCCUCGAUUUGUAUCCUUAGAUUCUACCACCUUCAGAGCCCCUGUUCCAGUCGGUUCCAUAUUGCACAUGGAUGCCACUGUGGUAUACACGGAGCAUUUACGUGAAAAGAGUGACAAGGCCAGCUCAAGUACCGCUGCUAGUAAGCCAGGUAAAGAUGACUCCGCGUUCCAUUUCGAACCCUCGCCUAUUAACAUUGUCUCCACUAACAAAGACGAAUUUUUGUCCAGGCCAGGCACAUUGGUUCAGGUUAAAGUUGACACCAUUGUGCAGGAACUGGCCUCCGAGAAGCAAACUAAAUCGGGCUCAUUCAUCUUCUCAUUUUUCGCGCCUCGUGACUCCAGCCCAGAAUCUCCUGGCAAACCAGGUUUCGCAAACGUUGUUCCGCAGAGCUAUUCGGAGAUGAUUGAGUACAUCAGUGCAAGACGGCGUGCUAUUGAGACGGCCAUGUAUGCCAACACCAUUCGUCGGACUAGCAAACUAUAG